CGACUAGGGACUUUCGUCAUGUCAGCCUCCGGUGCAUGGUCCGAAGAAGAGCAUGGACGAUUCCUACACGCGAUGAAGUUGUUCCCGAGGGGUCCUUGGAAAGCCAUCGCAGGGGUUGUGCAGACGAGGAACAUUCGCCAAACCCAAACGCACGCUCAAAAGCACCGAGAAAAGCUGGCCAGACAAGCAGAACGGCGGCAGCACAAGACACAUAAGAUGGAAGAGCCAGCUCUGUUGGAUCCGUCGCACAUUGCCUUUCUUGUCGAAUUGUACCACAAUGUUGUGUCGUCGAGCGUUGUUCAUGAAUCCACGCCACCGCCGUGCAUAAAUUAAUGGAAGUUACCUACUUUUAUUACACCAA